AUUGGUCAGUCUUUGUUCUGUGGAGUUGGCGCCAUCGCAAGCCUCCGUGCUGCUCCAGCGCUUCCCAAAGAAGUGCUGUUGUUUGCCAGUGUUAGCGAUUUAAUUACGACACCAUGACUGAUAAAGAGGCUGCAUUUGAUGAUGCUGUGGAGGAGAGGGUGAUCAAUGAGGAGUACAAGAUCUGGAAGAAGAACACCCCUUUCCUCUACGACCUGGUCAUGACACACGCCCUGGAGUGGCCCAGCCUCACCGCCCAGUGGCUGCCAGAUGUCACAAGGCCAGAAGGGAAAGACUACAGUGUGCACAGGCUGGUUCUGGGGACACACACUUCUGAUGAGCAGAAUCACCUUGUAAUUGCUAGUGUUCAGCUCCCAAAUGAUGAUGCCCAGUUUGAUGCCUCACACUACGACAGUGAGAAAGGAGAGUUUGGAGGCUUUGGGUCUGUGAGUGGCAAGAUAGAGAUUGAGAUCAAGAUCAACCAUGAGGGAGAAGUGAACCGAGCGCGCUACAUGCCUCAGAAUCCUUGCAUUAUUGCCACCAAGACCCCCACCAGCGACGUGCUGGUCUUUGAUUACACAAAGCACCCUUCUAAACCUGACCCUUCUGGAGAAUGCACCCCAGACCUGUGUUUGAGGGGCCACCAGAAGGAGGGCUAUGGUCUCUCCUGGAACCCGAACCUCAGCGGCUGCCUCCUCAGUGCUUCUGAUGACCAUACAAUCUGCCUGUGGGACAUCAGCACAGUGCCCAAAGAGGGAAAGAUUGUGGAUGCCAAGACCAUCUUCACAGGCCACACUGCUGUAGUGGAGGAUGUUUCCUGGCACCUGCUCCACGAGUCACUCUUUGGCUCUGUGGCCGAUGACCAGAAACUCAUGAUCUGGGACACACGGUCCAACAACACCUCCAAGCCCAGUCAUGCUGUGGAUGCCCACACAGCCGAGGUCAACUGCCUAUCCUUCAAUCCCUACAGCGAGUUCAUCCUGGCCACUGGCUCAGCAGAUAAGACGGUGGCUCUUUGGGACCUGAGGAACCUGAAACUGAAGCUGCACUCAUUUGAGUCUCACAAGGACGAAAUAUUCCAGGUUCAGUGGUCGCCUCAUAAUGAAACCAUCCUGGCCUCCAGUGGCACUGACAGGAGGCUCAACGUGUGGGACCUCAGCAAGAUCGGAGAGGAACAGUCACCAGAGGAUGCUGAGGAUGGUCCUCCUGAGCUGCUGUUUAUCCACGGCGGACACACAGCGAAGAUCUCAGACUUCUCUUGGAACCCCAACGAGCCGUGGGUGAUCUGCUCUGUAUCAGAGGACAACAUCAUGCAAGUCUGGCAGAUGGCUGAAAAUAUCUACAACGAUGAGGACCCAGAAGGUGCUGCAGAUUCAGAGGUCCAGGCAUGAGUCUCCACGUCUUCAUUUGACCUGCUUGUUUAAAAGUCGAUCUGUUUUCCAGUGUUGGGUGCACAAUCUGUGGUGUCUUUUUAAAACACAUUUUGGGCAGCAGUGAUUUUAUAGACAAUUAAAGAACAAAAUGCUGUGUAGUCAUCAUAUUGUUGAAGUAUUUAAAUUAAGCCUGUUUUGUUCAGAUUUUUUAGAUCUUUUUAGUUUUUUAAACUCCCAGAAUUCAGCUCUGGCUUGUGAUGAAAAUAUCACAGAUGUGUCCAUCAAUAUUCAGGUUUGCUUUUUGAUGGUUUUACUUCUUUCAUCUCAAAUAGUUGUCCCAGCAACAUUUCUACAGAAAUCCAUUUUUAAUAAAAAUUGUACAUACGUAGGUUUCUCUUGUAUUUGCUUUAUAUCUGUAGUAUGAAUUUUCCAGGAUGCACGUUGUGUCACUUGUACUUGUCACUAUGUUUUUAUUUUUCUGUGCUGCAUCUGUUUGUUUACGUACUUAAGUAUAUUCAUAAUAAAAUAUCUACAGUAAA